CCGCGCGACAGAACCUCGCGGGUCUCCACUGACUCAGUGCCCUAUUGACUCUCUCGCAGUUCUGACGCGCAGGCGCCAGUGUGUGGUUACCGCUUCUGUGGUACAGCCUCUUGACGAUAUAUAUUUGGAAAAAAUACAUGUAUAUGUAAAUAUUUCAUAGUGUUUGAUGAGCUUGGUCAGUGGUGAUUUAAACAGAGCCAGAUCGGACACACUCUGUUUCGACAUUAAAUCAAACAAGUUUCAGUGCUGAUUGUAAGUCUAAGGUCGAUUCCGCGACAUCAAGUCGAACCCGUCGAGCAAGAUCCUGCGUUUCGACAGAAGCGAGGGCGACCCCGGGCGGCGAGGUUACGGCCUCCGCGACGGAUCCCAAACGCUGCCGAGGCUGCCCAGCCACGGCGGUGCCAGGUCCGGCCAGAGCGCACCCCGCCCGCAGCCUACCUCCGCGCCCCACCAGCUCCUGGCAGAGCUGCGGCAGCACCACGAGUCGCAGAAGGGCCUCGCCUCACCGCAGCUCCGGCCCGCUAGGGCGCCCGCAACGCGUGGCGGCUCCGCCACGCCUUCCGUGGUGCUCAGGAAGCCCGUGGUGCGAGGCUUCAACGUGAAGAAGGCCCUGCUCGAGGACCCCAAGAGCUUCCUCCCCCACAGCCACGAAAGCAAGAAGAGCGGCGGCGCGCUCGGCUCCGGCAAGGGCAUGGCGUCACGCCGCCACAGCCACACGUACUCGCGUGAGAAGGCGCACCACCACAGUGACGUCAUCGACCGUUCGGACACGGAGUCGCUGGCGUCAGAUCUCAGCGACGACAGCGGCGUCAGCAACGACUCGACCGUCUCGUCGUCAGCGUCUACGUCAGCCACAUAUCGCGCCCUCGACGCCUACGCGGCGGACCCGAGCUUCAAGUGGAUCGACCCGUCCGUGAUGGCCAAGAUCCGGUCCGUGGGCACGACCGUGAUCUUCUUCGGGCCACGCCCCCGCCCCCGCUCGCAGGACGGCGCGCUCGCCAAGGGCGCCUCAUCCACCUCGAGCGGCCUGCAGGCCUUCGGUGGGCUCUCCUCGGCCUCGAAGGGGAAGCCCCGCGGGGGACCCUCCGUGCACUUCGACGACAUCACCAGAUCAGUGACUGCAGCCCCUCGGAUCGUGGGCGUGGUGAGGAAACGCACGCCGAGCAGCAGCAGCACGGGCGGAUCGGGCCACCCUACGCCCACGCCCACGCCCACGCCAUCGGAGCUCCUCUCAGACGACUCGCGUGCCUCGUCGCCAGGAGGGAGGAGCAGCGAGGAGGCGCCCGGGGGCAAGGCAGGGCGAUGGCGCGCCGAGGGGGACAACACCGUCGUCUACGACUUCACUCGCAGCCACGCCCAGCCAGGGUGUGUUUGAUUCAACCUCCGGCCGCCCGCUUUACAUAUUCGGGCCAGCUGUGACUUAAAACUUGCACUUAAGCUGUGACAGCCAACCUGGUGAGAUGGCCGAGCCGCCAGCAGCAGUGGGGUAACGAUUUGGAGUGCUGUGAGAGUAAUCCACACUUGCGUUCUAUACUAAGGGUUGUAAAGGUAUAUCGUACGCACGCGUGCAUACACAUAAAGCAGAAAAAAUCCCCCCCCCCGCCACAUCCGAAACACACACCACUGCUUCCCCCCCCCCCCAUCCCCCUACACAUUCAGAAUCCGAGCAGACAACGACCUCCAGGCCAAGAGAGCAAGUCUCCCGCCGCCGAGCGCAGAUGCCUGGCCGGCGCUUCACUUUGUGCAAUAAGCUUCCAAACGACAUUAUGCCACAUGCCAACCCAUGCAUGGCCAGUCCCUACAUAGCUUUAUGGGCCAACGAAAUAUGGUAUCAUGAUUCUACACAGCCUAGCUUAAACCUUUUAGUAUUAAGCUACUUUUUUCUUAAAA